AUGCUACCACAAAAGCUAAGACAGAAUCCAAUUAUGCAACACUCUCUCUACCAUCACCCAGCUCUUAUCACUCCUCCUCAGAUAGAGCCUAUCUUGAGUGGAAAUCUGCCUCCUGGCUUUGAUUCGAGUACAUGCCGCAGUGUUUAUGUAGGCAACAUUCAUCCUCAGGUUUCAGAACCACUUCUUCAAGAGCUUUUUUCAAGUGCUGGCGCGCUUGAAGGUUGCAAGCUUAUUCGAAAAGAGAAGUCAUCAUAUGGAUUCGUCGACUACUUUGAUCGCAGUUCAGCUGCUAUUGCUAUUGUUACUCUCAACGGAAGGAAUAUUUUUGGACAGGCUAUUAAAGUUAACUGGGCUUAUGCUCGUGGCCAGAGAGAAGACACUUCAGGACACUUUCAUAUUUUUGUUGGUGACCUUAGUCCCGAGGUUACAGAUGCAACUCUGUAUGCUUGCUUCUCUGUGUAUUCUAGUUGCUCAGAUGCAAGGGUAAUGUGGGAUCAGAAGACAGGCCGAUCCAGGGGAUUUGGAUUUGUUUCUUUUCGAAAUCAGCAGGAAGCCCAAAGUGCCAUAAACGAGUUAACUGGUAAAUGGCUUGGCAGUAGACAAAUUCGUUGUAACUGGGCCACAAAAGGAGCUAAUACCAAUGAUGAAAAUCAGAGUUCAGAUUGCAAAGCUGUUGUGGAGUUAACUAGUGGAGUUUCUGGGGAGAUCACAGAAGAACGGCAAGAAAUUACCGGUGAUGAUGGUCCUGAGAAGAAUCCCCAAUACACCACUGUUUAUGUUGGCAAUCUUGCUCCAGAGGUUACUUCUGUCGAUCUCCAUCAUCAUUUUCAUGCCCUCGGUGUUGGAACUAUUGAAGAUGUUAGGGUGCAACGGGAUAAAGGUUUUGGGUUUGUGAGAUACAGUACCCAUGGUGAAGCAGCUCUUGCUAUACAGAUGGGUAAUGCUCGGUUUCUGUUCGGUAAACCUAUCAAGUGCUCAUGGGGUAGCAAGCCAACUCCUCCAGGAACAGCCUCUACUCCUCUUCCCCCACCAGCUUCUCCGCAUGUACCAGUGCCAGGUUUUUCACUUGCCGGUCUUGCAGCGUAUGAACGCCAGAUGGCUUUGAGCAAAAUGAAUGGUGCACACCCCCUUCUGCAACAGCAAAACCAGCAUGCCCUAAAGCAUGCAGCCAUGGGAAUGGGUGCCCUUGGAGCUGGGUAUGGUGCAGGAUUCCCUAAUGUUACCGCCGCCCAGAACCUUAUGUACUAUCAGUAA